AUGUCUCUUAAUGCAGUCACAACCCCAGCGCGUGGAGAUCCACUGCGCGAAGACAUUUUGAUCCCCUCGGAAGGUGGAGAAUGUCACGCUUGGUGGUAUCCGCCCAAAUCUGGUAAGAGGGGUCCAGCGAUCGUCAUUGGUCACGGACUGGGCGGGAUCAAGGAGAUGGGUCUGAACAGGUAUGCUGAGCUAUUUCAGCGAGCUGGGUAUGGCGCCUUGGCUUUCGAUUAUGUCGGGUUCGGUCAGUCGACGGGAAAACCCCGCCAAAUUUUGGACUACUGGAAGCAGCAAGGAGACUGGGAUCAUGUGCUCGCGCACGCAAAGACGAUGCCUCUGAUCGACGCGUACAAGAUUGGCAUCUUUGGUACCUCUUUCGGCGGGGCUCACGUCAUCGACGUGGCCGCACGCGAUCCAGACGUCGUCGUCGCAAUCUCGCAAUGCCCCUUUACCAGCGGAUUCGCUUCCACUCUGACCACUGGUUUCGCCGUGCCUUUCUUGGGCGUGCUGGGUAUUGCCGACACGCUGUUUGGCUGGUACAAGCGAGUCAACGUCACUGUGGCUGGCAAGCCGGGCCAAG